AUGGAAAGCCGAGAUUUUGCUCCUCCACACCACCUCCUCACGGAGCGCAGCGGUUUGGUUCACAGCGCCUCGUCUCGGCUGGCGCCUGGCGGCCACGGCUCCAUGCACCACCCCGCGCACUUUCAGCCUGGAAAAUACUAUCCAUCUCACCUCUCCAUGGCUCCACAUGCAGGUGCUUCCUUCUUGGGUUCCUUCCUAGCCAGCAGUCUGGGUUCCCCACACCCAUCUCACCCCAUGGGUCUGGCCGCCUCCCCCUCCUCCCCGUCAUAUCGGGCUGGGGCUCACUCUGGAGCCUCCUCGAUCUGGUUCCCCCAUUCACAUGAAGGGUACCCCAGCUAUUCAGGAAGUCUGGCUUCUCCUUUUCUCCCCAUGAGCCCUCUUGAUCACCAUAGCAACAGUCUCUAUGGACAGCACCGCUUCUACGAAACUCAAAAAGAUCAUUUCUACCUGAGAGGCCUUCCACCGCAGCCCCCUCUGCUCUCCACCAAUCACAGCCUGCCGCCUCUGUCCAGAGCCGCCCCCGGACACCCUCUGGGCCCCUGCAGCCGAGAGACGGACAGCGGAGGUGGCCCCCAGACCAGCUCCAAGGACAUGACCGAUAAAGCUCUUUCAUUUGGGUCCAAGGAGCGAUUUUUAAGCAAAGAACUGCACUCAGACAACAAGGACAAGCUCCAGCACCAUCAGUCCUCCCACCUGGUCCACCCUGUCCCCCCUGCCCACCUCCCCCAUCUGACCUCACACAGCCGGGACGAGGAGCGCCACACAGACUUCAAAGACUGUGACGCGGGAAAUCAGGGCCAGAAACAUUUGAACGCUAAACUAUCUGCGUGUUCUGGGGGAGAUGGGAAGGGCCGUGUCCUAAGUAGCUGCAGUGGGACGGGAUCUCCAUCUGGAGGAAACAGGCGCCUUUCCAAAGAUGAACUGGUGUGUAGUGAGAUGAGGAUCAGCGAACACUACAAAAUAAAUCCACUGUACCAGGAGGUUGGCUGCACCAUCCACAUAAUCCCCAUCCAGAUUAUUAUUGCCCACCUGCACCCCUCCCCUUGGAAGGAGAAAUAUCAACAGCACAUGGACCACAGCAAAUACGACAAAGUCCAUGAUCGGAAUCAGCAGAACUUUCACAGACAGAGCUCCGGUCAGUGCUGUCAGCCGAACCUUCAGUCCUGCAGUCUGAGACCGCCUUCAUCUUGUAAGGAGCUGGAAGUGCAGGCCGAUGUUUACAGACCAUCACUGCCCACAGAGUCCCAGGAAAGUCCCUCUGGAGCUGGGUUCAGUUCAGAAAACACGUCUCCCUUAAAAGAUGGUUUUAUAUCUGGUCCUCGGCCUGAUGUGAAGUUGAACUCUGGACCAGCUGUCCACAGGCAAGGACAGAAAGUGGCUAGGAUACGGCACCAGCAGCACAGCAGCUCAGAGGACAGGGGGAGAGACGAGGGACAAACAGGACUUUCCUCUGGGUCUGGAGGAGGCCACCAGCAGGAACUGCGGAAAGGCACUCAUCACAGUUCUACCAACAGCACUGAUGGAAGAGAACAGAACAGAACCCCCAGCACUGACCCCCCAGUAACACCCACAUCCCACACGAGUGAGAGCGAGGGGGGCACAAUGAAAACGUUUAUGAACUACAGUUCCCAGCAGCCUUUGGUGCUGCCUCAUAGAAGUCCUUUUGGGGGCCUGGGUUGUAUCAAGCAGGGUGUAGACCGGGAAGCUAAGGGCAGCAGCUCUGCACAAGACUCUCAGAAGCAGAUGCUGCCGCCUCGCCGCGCCUCUGUUAAUGAGGGAGAGCGGAGUGAGCGAGGGAAAGAAGCCGGGGACGCCGAGGGGGAGGUCCGUCAGCCUCCGGUCGGUAUCGCUGUCGCUGUGACCAGACACCCCCAUCGCUCCUCAGACAGCACUGCACACAGCAGACACGGCCGGGUGCUGCCCAGCAUGAAAGGGUUAUCCCGUCCUGUCUAUCCACUGGGCCGGGACAUGGAUGAGAGACAGAGGCUGGAGGAGCAGAUGGGCCUUCACCUGGAGAGAGACAGAGAGCUGCUCAUCAGAGAAAACAAGGAGCGAGCAGAGUUUGCCCGUUUCCACCCUUCCAGUGGCUGCCAUGGCGACCUGACCUCUCACCUUUUGGGCGCUGACCCCUCUGCACAUGCCCAUCACCACUGGAGGACCGGGAGCCCGUCCCUUUGGAUGAGCCACUCUUACGGAUUAAACCAUGUGGGGAUGGGCAGUAGUUUCCCUCCAGGUCUCCCGAGCCCCCUGCCACCCAUCAUGGACCCCAGUGCUUCCUUGAUGGUUUUGCCCACAGAAGCAGGAUCUCAUCACCCACUGGAUGUGCUGGAGCAGUCAGGGCUGUGGUCUGUGUACGGCAGCAGAGGCCCUCCUCCUCAUCUUCAACAACACCCCAUGUACUCCCGCUCUUCAUUCCUACGUCACCAGGAGCUGUACGCGCUGCAGCAGCAGAGGAUGCUGUGGAAGAACGAGGACUCAUGUAUUACUAUAGAAGACUCUCCACAGGAGUCGCCGCUGUCCCGAGUGCCUUCUCUGUCUUCCUCCUCAGCAGUUGUUGCCAAACCUUUCUCUCACACUCCACCUCCACUGAAGGCCACAACAUCAAUAUUUCCCAACAGCCACCAUUCUCCAUCCAGACGAUCUCAUGCUCCAAACCCUCUCACACCUGCUCCCAGCCCAGCUGCCGCAGCUCCUUGCUUCCCUGCCCUCACCCCUGGUCCCUCCCUCCUCCUCAAGGGCCGAGAGUGCAGCAGUGACCGCGUAGAGGGCCAGCCUCCUCAGGACGACCUCCCAUCACUAGAACCUGACUUACCGCCUAUCUACACCUUUCCUCCAAUCACAAUGAGUUUUAAAGCUGGACCUUUGCCCCGCGAAGCCCAGCCUGCUGAAGACAUCAUGACAGAAGCAGAAGCUGCCAACUCAGAGUCCAAGUCCCACCCACACUCGUGCUGUACUGUGGUGGAGGACCAGGAGAAGUUCAAUACUGAAGCUGUGAGUCUUGACAAUGUCAGUGCAAAGGACCAGAUAACACAGGAAAAAGCUUCUCCCGUCUCAGAGAGCCCUUGUCCUGCUCCAGUCCUGCCCAUUGCCACAGGCAAUGUCCUACAAUCGUCUGAGUGUCAGGGCUGCCCAGGCCAGAGGGGUGCCUGGGAGGAGCUGCCUCUAUCCAAAGAGCAGACGGAGGACAGAGACGAUCAAAGACAGGAAGAAGAAGAGAAGGAAGAGCCUGAACCACAAUGUUAUGCUUCUGUGCCUGAAGAGCCCAGAGACAUACAGGAGGACGAAGCAGAUGUACACACUGCACUGGUCGUGGAUGAGGAAGAGGAGGCCUGUCUGAGGAGCAGCUCCAUAGAGGAGUUCUGCUCUCCCCCCUGCUCCCCCUGCCUCCCUUCUUCAGCCCAGCAACAAGGAGCAUACAUGUGGAGCCUGGAGCUGCUGAUAGCAGCAGGUCUGUGUGCCACCAGAGAUGCCUUGUACCCACCAACACCCUCUCUCCAGCCACCUGGCUCCAAGUCCCAUCAUGGGAUGGAGAUUCUGGGAACGCUGGCAGAAUUAGAGAUUGAGAAGAGGAAUAGACAGACCAAGGAGACGGAAGGCGAGGAGGUGCUGGCCUUUGACCUGCGCAGUCUAGCGACACUGGCGGCUGCUCGCGCCUUAGAGACGGCGGCAGAACCUCGGUGUGAGUGUCCAAUAAGGGAGAGGCUCAACCUGCGCAGGAAGUGCAGCUGGAGACCUCGCCAUGAGCCGGUGUGCCCCGUGAAGGGCUCCAUAGAGCUGGUGGGAGGGGAGGAGCUGGCCAUGCGCGUCCAGCUGGCUGAGCUACAGCGGCGCUACAAAGAGAAACAAAGAGAACUGACCAAGCUACAGAGGAAGCACGACCACCAGAAAGAGGAGACGUCUCGGAGCCCCGCACGCCGGGGGCCUGGCCGCCCUCGCAAACGCAGCUCCACCCCCGGCCCAGCUGCUGCGGCCGCUGCAGCAGAGAGCUCCAAAAGACUCCGGCCCGGGCUGAGUUUACUGGAGCAAAAGUGCAAGAAGAAAAUAUCCAAUCACAGCUUCAGCAGCCUCACUACUGCACAGAUGAAGGCUCGCUGUAAGCACAGAGGUCGACCUAACGCCCUGAACUCCAAACUGGCCAGAAGAGUAACGCAACUAAAACACAAGGCCCAGAGCGGAGCAGCCACCUCCACGGGACGCUGCAACGACAGAGCCAUGCCCCGGCGCCGCAGAGAUCUGCAGCAGAACUGGACAGCCUUUCAGACCAUGAAGAGGAAGAGGGGACGAAAGCCCAAGCUGCUGAUGGUCGGUGACCCCAAGAAAACGCAGUACAAGGAUGAGCGCGCUGCUGAGAAGGCCGAGAGCAGGGAGGAGGAGAGCGACAGCACGAGCUCAGACCGCGACGACCACAGCAUCAGUGAAGACGGUGAGUCCGACAGAAAGACCAGCUCUUCCUCCAAAGAUUCGACUUCAAAUCAAGUUUCCGGGACGUCCAUUUUUCCAUUACUUCCCUCAAAACUUCAAGCCAGCAAUAAGCUCAAGAUGAAGAGAGCGGAUCUGCACGGAGAAGGUUCCGCCUCCGUGUCCAGUUCGAAACGACAAAAGACAAACUUCUCCAUGACAGACAAAAGACUUGUGGACUUUCAGAAACCCAUCCAAAAUGAUGGGCCAAUGCUGGGCUCUGGAUUUCAAGAUCAAGUCAACUACACUAAGGAAGCAGCAGCACACGGCAUUAUGGGAAAGGUCAAAGAUCAUACCGUCAGCCGCUUACUCCAGAGCUUUGCCAGUGAUGACGGCUUCUGCUAUGAAGAGAGCAGCUUUUCUGAAGGUGAAGAUGAGGAAGAGGAAGAGAAGAAGCCACUUUACCUCCCUCCCAACAUGCCUUGCAGGAUACCUGCUCUUCCAAAUUGUGUUUUGAGUAAAGAAAUGUUGGUGGAUAGUCUGAAGAUUCUUAUAUCAAAGGAGGAUGAGCUUCUGUACGCUGCCUCAGUCCAUACUCUGGAUCUGCCGGACAUAUUUAGUGUUGUUAUUGAAGGAGAAAGGGGAAACAGGCCCAGAAUUUACUCACUGGAGCAGCUCCUGCAGGAGGCAGUGCUGGACGUGCGGCCGCAGACGGAGCUGGUCCUGUGUGGGGGGACGCGGGUGUGUGCCUACUGGAGCGAGCGUUCCCGUUGCCUGUACCCGGGCUAUGUCCAGAGAGGAGGCCCAGGGGAGGAGGAGAAGGAGGGCAGUGUGAUGGUGGAGUUUGAUGAUGGCGAUAGAGGAAGGAUAUCUCUGAACAACAUCAGACUGCUGCCUCCAGGAUACCAAAUACGCUGUGCUGAAUCUCCUCCAGCACUUAUGCCCCCAGGUCGCAGAGGUCAGCAGGUUUCUCAGGAAAGAAAAGACACAAGAGACAAAGCAACCAGUGAGGAGCCGGUUAGGCCUCAGGAGAAAAGACCAGUUGGCAGACCCAAGAAAAAGCACUCGGUGCCGAAGUCUCUCAGUGCACCUCUGUCUGCACCAGAGCAUGGAAUCAAGACCAUUUCUGCUUUGAGCUGGACUGCAUCCAGGAAGAGGACUCCGGUGGACUUCUUCCUCUUCAAUGGGACGUCCCGUAAGACUCAGAGGAGGAUGAGAGAGCAAGACCUGGCCUUGUUUCACCGCCCUGCCUCCCAUUCUCUCCUGCACUCUGCUCCCAUGAAAGGGAUCUUUGGGCUGCCCUUUGAAGUGGAUUCUUUCAGAAGCAUCGCUAACGGUUACUCAACAUUUGGAGCUGCUAGACCUGGUGUGAUCGGAGAGCCUUCAUGCUCUCCUGCCAUCACCAUGGCAAUCGGAUCUGCUAACAGGAAGUUGAUGAGUGAGCGUGACAGGAAGCAUUACCUUAUAAAGCUGGACCAUGAAGGUGUGACUUCUCCAAAGACAAAGAACAGUAAAGCUCUCCUGCGGCUGGGGAGCAGCAGCCUCCGAGCCGCAGCUCCUCUGAGGUACAUCCACCCCAGCCGCCUGGCCAAGGGCGGGAAGAGAGGAGCUGAUGGAGACUUGCCCAAAGGGCCCCCGCAGGAGGAGCUGCUGCCUUCUGGCCUGAGUGGGAACUACAGUGUGGAUUACCCCAGUGACUGCCCCAGCUCCUACUCUGAGCUGGACGAGGAAGAUGAGGAGGAUGAGGAUGAGCGCAGAGCCGGAGAGUCGCAGAGAGGCGCUGAGUGUCGCAGCGGGCGCUUUCACUCUCGCCUGUCCUGUUUCUCCUCCUCCUCCUCCUCCUCUUCCUCCUCUGGCUCCAUCUCUUCGUCCUCAGUCUGCUCCUCUGACAACGACUCGUCCUACUCCUCUGAUGAAGAGUCGUCCUCUGUGAUGCUCCGCCGCGCUCUGCUCCAGCAGGACAAACAGAAACAAUGCCAGAGCCUGACCUCUGACCCUGCCACCUCCAAAUCCCCUCCAGUACAUAGCUUUGUCCCCACCACCAACACCGUGACCUCAGGGGCCAAGCCACGAGCCCCGAGUAAAGAGGACAGAAAAGAAUACAUAAUCAAAGGCAGUGUGCUGAGCAGCGGCUGCAAGGGCCACAAGAGGAAAGAGGCUAAAACCCUGUCCAAGCACUCCGUCCCAGCCAAGCGCCAGAUGAUGUCAUCUCCAGAGUCUCUUAACAACACGCCGGCUCCGUCAGGACGCCAGCUCUGGAGGUGGUCUGGGAAUCCCACUCAGAGACGAGGACUGAAGGGUAAAGCCCGUAAACUUUUCUAUAAAGCCAUUGUGCGCGGCAAAGAGAUGGUGCGAGUUGGAGACUGUGCAGUGUUCCUCUCCGCUGGCCGGCCGCAGCUGCCCUAUGUCGGCCGUGUGGAGAGCCUCUGGGAGUCCUGGAGCUCCAGCAUGGUGGUCAGGGUCAAGUGGUUCUAUCACCCAGAGGAGACUCGCCUGGGCAAGAGACACCGCGAUGGCAAGAAUGCCUUGUAUCAGUCGAGCCAUGAGGAUGAAAAUGAUGUGCAGACCAUCUCCCAUCGCUGUCAAGUGGUCAGCCGAGCAGAGUAUGACCACCUCCUACAAGACCACAAACCUGGCACCAAUGACUUAUUCUACCUGGCCGGGACCUAUGAGCCCACCACUGGUCAGCUUGUCGGAGUGGAUGGAGUCCCCAUUGUGUCCUAG